AUGGGUCGUCAAAUUAUCUCUGACAGCUGUCACCCGGCAGAGUGGAAAAAUAGCGACUUUGUGGCUCUCCAAUGGCUGUCACCCGAUGGAGAGGAGCUGGAUGGAGGUGGGGCGCGUGUCAAGGAGCUUUAUCCUCAAGUCCAUGUAGUAAGAGGAGGCUCUUCAUUGCAUCUAGUACACUCUCAGGAGGUGACGACUCGUCUCUUGACAAAUCGUCCUCUUCCUGACGACAGCUUGUUCAUUGAUCAAUCGAAGAUGCUUUACUCAAUGGAUUCGUGAUCCUUUUAUCGCAAAUUGUUUAGAAAUUUUAGUAACAAUGCUUUGUGAAUCACGUUGAUGAGAUUUUCGUCGAUGAUCCAGUGAUUCUGGUUGCUUAAUCCUUCAUCGGCGAUCUGCAGAAAAGUCGUGAUAAUCAAAUAAAAAAAAUAUGAGUUUUGGCUCUUGGAGGGUUUGAACCCACGCUAGUUGCCCUGCCUUUUCUAGGGAAGGUGACGUGGGUUUAGUCCCACAUCGGUUGUGUGCCAAAGUUUCUGGUGAAUAUAAAGUAAUAUUACAUUCCCGAUCAAGUCCCUUUCUUGCACAUGUACGACCACUCCUUACUCCAUAGUUGGCUGGCCAUCAAUGACAUGAAAGAGGAGUAGCACACACGUGGCCCCAUCAAUUCAAGCUGCUCGAGCCCUUACUCGCAGCUCCUACCUGACUGUGCUUCCGACCUACUUGCGAGCCCGACUAGUUGGUAGGUCCCCCCCAUUUUGUUAUUUUUAUUUUAAUUUCUUUUCUUUUAUUUAUCUUAAAAGUAAGACUGUAAAAAUCAUAUAAAAUCAUAUAAAAUUACAUAAUUACCCAAAAAUUCACAUUACUCAACUGAAGACUACUUUUCACACUUUAACACAAAUAUAAGUUUAUUUAUCAAGAUUUAAGGCUAAAAAUAUAUUAUUUACUAAUUAUUAACUCAUGAUAAUGUAGACUUAUCAGUAGUUUAAAUUUUAAAUAUGUUAUUUAUAAUUUUUAAGUAUUUAAUGACUUGAACAACUGACCCAUUACAACAAGCCCACUAUCAGGUUACACAUUAGUCUAUUCUAAUGGGGGGUAUUUAAAGAGAGAGAGGAGAGAGAAAAUGGGGAAAGCGUGCACGUCGACAGAAAUUAGGGCUCAUAGAGAGAAGAUGGAGGAGGGCGACGAGCAAAAGGACCCAAAAUCAUAGUAAUGACAACCACGAUGAUGACAACAACGGCAACAUCAACAAUGGCGGUGAGUCCCAUUUUGUGUGAAAUGUAGAAAAGGGCCUGAGCAUGGCAAUAGUGGUGCUCAUGACAACAAUAGUAAUAGUGCUGACGACAAUGAUAGUGGCAGUAAAAACUCCUAUUUUGUGUGACAAGUGACAUGACUCAGUCGUUGUAUAAUAAAUCACGCAAAUAUAGAAUUUAUAAAACUAGAAAAUAUGAAUUUUUAGAUAUUUAGAAGUAUUUCUAAAUAAAUAUAUCAAUUAUAAUUCAAUAAAAAUUUCAAAAAUAGCGGUAAUUUUCCAGGUCGAUCACAACGAUGUAAUAUAAUAUCUGGUAAUUAUUCAGAAUUUUUCUCAAUGAAUACAAUUUUCUUACAAAUUUUAUACUAGGAAAUAAAAAGGAAAUAUAUUUAAAAUUCACGAAAAAAAGGAAAUAAGGGUGCGGGCAUCAAGAUGACGUCAGCGCCCGGCGAACAGCGGAAAUAGAGUUCCGCCUGGUGAUUCUUACGUAAGCGAUUACAGGUGACUUAAUUAAUCAAAUUAAGAUCUGUAAAAGUCGGAAGAAUCGUAAUUGAACGAAGUAUAGUUUGGUAAAUUAAAAUCACACAAAGUAUCACUAAAUGAAGCGUAAAUUAAAUUGAAAGCAGGAAAACAGAGUUCCGGCGUCGCGACGGUGAUGCGUCGGCGAUGCAUCGGAAUCCUGAGCGUUCGGGAGGAUCGUCGUGCAGUGUCCACGGCCUCGAACGCUCUCCUUGGACAAAGACGACGUGAGCAAUCUCCAGAUCUUCUCGCGAAGUCUAGAGAUCAAUGAAGUGGGUCGUCAAAUCGUCUCCGGCAGCUGUCACCCGGCGGAGCGGAAAAACGGCGACUUUGCGGCUCUCCGGCGGCUGUCACUCGACGAAGAGGAGUUGGAUGGAGGUGGGGCGCGUGUCAGGGAGCUUCAUCCUCAGGUCCGUGCAGCAAGAGGAGGCUCUUCAUCGCAUCUGGUACGCUCUUAGGAGGUGCCGACUUGUCUCCUGGUGGAUCGUCCUCUUCCCAACGACGGCUUGUUCGUCGAUCAAUCGGAGAUGA